AGGAAUUAUAUUACUGAGUAGUUAUGUUAUGUAUUUUACCUAAUCAGACUUUUAUUUUGGAGUAAUAAACCAAAACAUGGGGUCAGUGUCCGACAAUCAAACGACGUUACAAAACGAGCAACAUGGCUAUAAAAAUGACAUUUGAAAACAUUGCUCUUUGUUGAUUGGAAUGUAUACUUCUGAAGUGCUUACAAAAUAAUCAGAUAACUUGUAAAGUUUUCAUUAACCAUGGCCAACUACUUUACGAUGGAAGGCACCGAAUCAACAAACUUUCAAAAGGAAAUCUCAAAUAUGAUGCACGGUUUUGGUGACAACCCGAAUCCAAACGCUGCGACCGUCGUUCUAGUAGAGAGCAUUGUUCAACAACAGCUGAAGUUCAUGAUACAGGAGGCCCACCAGCUCUGCAACCUCCGCUGCGGUAAAUGGAUCACUAAUUACGAUAUAAUCUACCUAAUGAGGAAGAAUAUUGUGAAGUUGAAACGUUUGCACGAUUAUCAACUAAAACUAGAUCAAAUCGACAAGAAAUGUAUUCUGAACAUCGCUUCGCCCGCUGAGUCAUUGAUAACAGGGAUUAUUCUAGAGGAUGAAAAGGAUCCUACCAUUAAAAAGCGAAGAACACACAUAGAUUACAUCAGGGAGUUUGAUGAGGCUGAUGAAGUUGGCCAGAUUAAGUUUGACGCCAUAGACUACUUGAGAAAAGUUCGAGCUGCUAAGAUCACUGAGUCUAUGACAUUUGAGAAGUAUGAAGCUUACCACAAAGCAAGGUGUGCAUCUUUCAGGUCCGGAUAUGGAAUUGGUAAAGGGUUCGCAAAAUUGGAACGCUGGCUUAACCCCAUGAAGGAAUUUAAGUUAUCCCAGCCAGCUUUAGAAGUAUUAUGUUUCAUUGCUUAUGAAACUGUUGCAGAAAUUGUUGAUGCAGUUUUCCUAGUCCGUCAGGAUGCUAAGAAAAAGAGUGGAGAUCCGUUUAGCAAGUUUGAAGGGGGUUACUUUUGUAACCCUGUGAGCUUGCACAAUGCUGUAUACAUCAAGUCUGGGUACGAAGGAGUACCAGCAAUAACCGUAGCAGAAGUUAGGGAGGUAUUGAGGCGGUAUUAUACACCGAAAGUAGGAAUGAAUGGCUUGUUUUAUCGGAACAUGAGUUUGGAUCUGCCUAUACGCUAUAUAGCAUUUUAAAAGUAUACAAUGUUUAUAUGUAUAUUACUGUUAAGUUAAGAGUGAUUAUAAAUAUCUAGUUAUGUAUUAUUUAAACUUUAAAGUAGGCUAUAAUGCAUGUUAAGUUAGAAAAGUACUUUGUUUUUUGUAAUGCCGUUUUGGGUGAAAUCCACAAAAAAUAAAUGUCGUUCAUUUGAUCUCACUUCUUAAUAUUGUAACACAUGAAUUGAUUGAAAAGCCAUCUUUAUACCAUCACAGAUUAGGGCCGACAUACAUCAGCGAAUUGCAAACUAAUUACUAGGGAUUUCUUUUGAUAUACAAUCAGCAGCUUAGGAACUUCACACUAGUGCUACUUUCGAUCGAGUCAUGUUGCGCGGUCGCUGAAUAGGCGACGACGAUCGAAAGAUGCUAGUGGGUGGUAAACCUGCCUUGUAUUAUCAGUAUAACUUAUUAAGACUUAAGUAAAUUGUGCGUUUUAAGAAAAAAUAUGUUAAACACCUGAUUAGGUAUUUUUUUGCCUUCAGCUAUGUUGAGGUAAAAAUACCUAAGCUUUCGUUUUUUUUUUUCGUAUUUAGUUGAAUAAUGGAUGCCGUGACUAUGAGGUAAUAUGCCCCAAAUAGGUAUAUCAACUAUAGUCAAUAACUAGUAUUUCUUAAUGAUAAAUAACAUUUGCCGAUCCUCCAUUACAUUUAAGUAAGAGACUUUAUUGUUAUACACAUAAGGUUUAAACUGACGCACAACAACUGUACCUCGUUAAAUUGACAAAGCUUUAAUAAUAAAUAAAUAAUGUAAUUUUUA